CAUUUUCAUAGAGAGCGAAGGAGGAGUGUUUCACUGGUGAGCUUGUUUUGUGUCUUAAACUUUUCUAGAGGAUUUGAUCGCUUCCAGUGGAUCCCCGUCGGCUCCGUAUAGGAUGGCUUAUCCACUUAAUAGCCGUCCUAUUCCCCGGAGGUGACAUUUUUCAUACACGAACCUAGACUUUUAGUCGGUGGUGGUGUUUUCAUUCAAAAUGGCUGAGAAUCUCAUGCCAGACAAGAUGGCCGUCACAUCGGAAAAUCAGCAUGGAACUGUGUCUCGUAAAGAUAGUUUCAGUCGAGAGGAAGGCGAUCUGAGGCUCGCAUCAGGCGUUCAGAGACCUGGACUCGACAGUCUGCCCAAGAAAAAGAGCACUUUCAAGAUCACAAGCAUCACGAAGAAUACUCCGAGAGGGGCCAGUUCCGAUUUGACAUAUGAUGCGGAUGGAGACAGUUUGGAUGACUUGGAUGAAAGUCACACGGAAGAAGUGAGUUCUGAAAUUCUUGACAGUUCAAGGAACACAGACAUAGAGUUGGAUCCAACUUCGUCAGAGGAUACUACUCACAAUCUGACGCCAGAUGACACAGUGCUGGGGCCUAAAGACAAGGCGUCAGAUAUACAGUCACGCUUCAAGGUGGUCAAGAUUGAGACACAUGAGCCAUUCAGACGAGGUCGCUGGUUAUGUCACGAUUUUUUAGACCAAUCUCAAGCUGUUACGGAAAAAACUGAAAUACGCCAGAAUCAUCAAGAUGAAAGUCAUUCUGGUAAUUCUAGUGCAGGUAGUUCAAUACAUUAUGUGCAUGGGGCUGACGACCCGUCUAAAAACCCGCUCACAGGGGGGCUGCCACAUUCGCAAGGAAAUGCCACUGCUGUUUCAACAUCGUCUGGUCAGAUUGGGCAUUUACCGAAUGAUCAGGUGCUUCCAGGUGGUGUUUCUAAUGCUGCUCAUGCCAGUACGAAACAAAGCACGAACGAUUUCCAACCCAUAAACCCUGCUCAGUCAAAUCAGCAACCAAAUGUGGCUCAAAAACAAGGCAGUGUACACAGUGUGCGCGGUGACACGCCCGCACCGCAGUUACCUGGGCCAGGACAGGUGGGUACGUCACAGCCCAUUCCACAUCAGUCACAGGCGCCCCACCCCCACCAAACUAUGACAUCCCAGCAAGUGCCCUCUCAAGUCAAUCAAGGUGCCACAGGCGGUGCACCCCAGGGCAUCCCCAAUAUGACAGGCGGAGGAUUGCAACAACAUCAAUCCCAACAGCCCCAAAUCGCUCAUAACUUACCACAGACUUCGAUUCCAAACCCUGUAAUGUCUCACUCACAGACCUCACCGGCGGGGUCCUUACCACAGACCCCUUCCCCUGCACCUCAGGGGCCCCACAGUCAGACCCCUCACAACCCUAUGCAACCCUCAGUGCUUCACACGUCGCAGGGAAUUCCACGAGAAGUGAAUACUGGUGGAUUGCCUGCCUCUCACCUACCCCCAACUCUUCCAGACCACUUAAAGAACAGUCAAGCCGGGGGCGCCGCUGUCCACAUGCACCAGGUCGGCCACCCGUCGACGCCCAUGCCACACCUCCACCAAAGUUCACAUAGUCACGAAUCUGCAAACUUGAACAAUAUAGCCAAUAUUAACAUGCGCAAGAUAAGCGCACCUAGUAACUUGCAAUCUGUUCCGGCAUCUGAUGCCUCCGCCAUGCCAGUGGAGAAAUUACCGCACCACGGCGGUACAAGUUCUGUGGCUGGUGCGGAGGGUUUACCAAAGGGCAAUAGUGUCGGGCAUACGAAUCACAUCGACGCUAGCAAGAGAGAGUUCCUACGGCUGGAUAAUUUAGCCGGCGAUGAAAAUGUAGGUUCUGAGGGUCCAUCAGGGGAUAUGAACGAGCGUGUGGAGAUGUCAACCCCUCUCUUAACCCCAUUGGCUGCUGCCGUGGGCGGCCUUUCCAGCCCUACCAAAGAGGGGAAGGAAGAAGUCCUAAGGUGAAAUUUCGUGUAAAAGUGCAAGCAUUCGAAGAGGAAGCGGAAUAAUCCGAUUGUUCGAGUCUCGUCAGCCAUGUUUGCAAACGUGAGGUGCAGUUCUAAACUUGUCCCUUUGACCUCAGGGACACAUUUCCUGACAACAUUCUAGUUAAUUGGCGAUAACACCAGAUACCUCAAUCAUUCACUGACAGUUCAUACGUUUUAAACAAAAAAGUUAGGGAUUAUGGUGAUUAUACUUAACCCAGUAAGUGAAAACUAUAUCUGCAAGAAACAUCAGACACCAAAAUUUAUUUGAUGAAAUGCCAUUGAUACUAAAAUUAUUACGGAUAAAUUGGUUCCCAUAGCAGAAAUUGUUGGGAAACCAAAAAGUGUUUCCCAGCGACUCUGAAGUCCUCAUACCUGUAAUUUAGAUUUUCAUAAGAAUGACUGACAGUGACAAGGUGCUCUUAAUCAUAUUGUUUUGGAUGGGUGAAAUAUUCUGGGUUAUAAUACCUCAAAGUUACACAGUUACUUUGAUUCAGCAUUAAGUCUGGCAGGCAGACAAGAUAUUUGGUCAUUUGGUCAUGCACAAACAUCCCAGUGAAGAAGGGACAUGUACUUAACAAUGUUUAAUGUUUUAUCCCACAGAUAUACUUGUAUCAGAAGAAUAUGAAAUCUCUGCAUGAGUGUACAUGCAUAAAUUAAAUGAUAAGCCGAAAGAAGGGCGUGGGCUGUUGAUUAACUUUGCCUACUUUUCAGUUGCUGCAUGAAGUGACAUUUAGGGUUCAAAUCCGGCCUUGGACCACGGAUUUGCAGAUUCCCAAGCUGUAGUUUGAUGACAAGAAGCGCUUGGCCAUUUGUGCAGUCUAACAUUCAUUAAAGACCACAUGUCUCUCAUCCGUUACCGUGUGGAUAUGUCAACGUUAUGUUAGGAAAGUUUGUCUUUAACUUGCCAAAGGUUGGUGGUUUAAUUACCCUGUUCACUUUGGAUACCUCCACCAGUAAAUCUGACCACCGUUGUAGAUUAAAGUGGAAAAUUCCUGAAUGUUGCGUUAAACAACGUGCAAUAAUGUAAAUAAAUAGACGUAAAAUUGAAAGCUCAGGGAUGUACAAGUACAUGCAUCUGAAGCAUAAGGGCCUAUAGGAAUACGGUUAUGAGGAGUUUAGUAGACGACGCAACAGGUUGAACACACAUGUUGGAUCACAUUUGACGCAGCAGACUCGUGAAGGGACACAAGCUCAGGGCGUUACAGAUAAAUGUAAACAUGCUCCAGAAGGUUCUUCCCACAUGUGGCUCAAUCCGGCUUGAUCCACCAUCACUUCCAGGUCUUCUUACCACAUCCACAUGUCUUGUAUCAGAACUCACACGCCUGAACAGCGUCUACGUGACAUGAAGCGGAUUACCGGAGAGACGGAUGUCUUAAUUGUUAGGCUUCUCACUGUGAAAAGGCAAUUUUUAUCCCAGUUUAUUCUUCUCCCAAAAUAAGCUGACUUGAAAGAAGAUCUGUGUUACUCAUUUA